AUGUUCGGCUUCGUCGCCGACGGUUUGACCGUUGCAACCACCGUCUUCUUCCCUAUCUUCGCCUCCUACAAAGCUCUUCACACCUCGGAUCCAGCCCUCCUCGCACCCUGGCUGAUCUACUUCGUCGUCCUCUCUGCCUUCACCGCCGUAGAGAACACCUUCGACUUCAUCCUCAGCUGGGUGCCCUUCUACUCAUGGAUUCGCUUCUUCGCACAUCUUUACUUGAUCCUGCCUGGUUCGCAGGGCGCAAACUACCUGUACCAGGAGUACAUGGAGCCUUUCCUUUACCACCAUGAGCGAGAGAUCGACGAGUUUAUUACACAAAGCCAUGACCGUGCCAAAUCGGCAGGUAUGGCAUACGUCGAGAUGGGCAUCGAGUGGGUCAAGGUCAACGUUCUGGGCUUCGCACCUGGAAAGCCGCAGUCACCAAGACCCGAAGGGCAGACGUACGCACAAAACCUUAUGAGCAGGUUCCAGAUGCCUUCGGCAAGGGGCAGCAACGAUCUAUACGGACUCGUCAACCAAGCACUCAGCGGAGCCAGCGCACUUUACGGUGCCGGUAGCGCAGGCACUCGAGAUGCGCAAGCCUCAGAUCUGAGCCGCGGCGCCGGUAACCUCGUCCCAGACUCCAUCCGCAACAACAACGACCGACUCGACUACGUUGCGUCGCAACGCCAGCGCCUCGAGACCCUCCUGCAAGCAUUCGACCGCGAACAAGAAAACAUCCGCACACAACAAACAGGCGGAAGCAGAUACCAUGAAGUCAACAGGAGUACUGGAAGCCUCUCUGGUAGCCUCUCCCGUAACAGGAGCGAAGCGGAAUUCGACAGGAUCGAGCGCGACGAACUGAGCUCGGGCUCCGACCGACCACCGUACCCCCUCACACCACCCGCACUCGGUCGAAGGACAAGCAGUGGCUGGAUGCCGUGGAAUUGGCAGCGUCAGGAACUCCCACGAGAUGACCCGUUGGCUUACGGUAGGGAGCCAAGUGAUGUGAGGAACAGAUCCAGGGCCUCUGGUUUCGAUCUGGGCGACCGCUAG